GCAGCAUGCGGCCCGGUGAGAGCUCAGAGGGCUCGCGCUCGGCUCGCGGAAGAUGCGUUGACGCUGAGCAUUUUACCGACAGCGGCUGUCUCGAGCACCCCUCGUCGGCACAGCGGCGGAUGAAGAGGGGGACGACGGAGCGGAGGAUGCGGGGGACGUGCGGGAGGAUGACGGACCGAGGCGCGACGGCCACGCGCUGUUUUCUCUGGAGCCUGGUUCUCUGGUCGCUCUCGUCGCGCGCGCAAGGUUUUAUCUACACAUGUGGCGGUACGCUGAAGGGCAGAAACGGCAGUAUAGAAUCGCCAGGUUUUCCCUAUGGCUAUCCCAACGGGGCAAACUGCACCUGGGUCAUCGUCGGGGAGGAAGGAAGUAGAAUCCAGCUCAUCUUCUUGUCGUUCGCCAUAGAGGAAGAAUAUGAUUUCCUGUCCUUGUAUGAUGGACAUCCCCACCCUGCUAACUUCAGGACCAGGCUAACGGGCUUCCAGGUUCCUCCCCCGGUCACGAGCACGGGGAACGUGUUCUCGUUGAGGUUGACCAGUGACUUCGCUGUCUCUGCACAUGGCUUCAAACUCAACUACGAAGAACUUCACAGUACAUCCUGUGGAAACCCAGGUGUCCCACCCAAAGCAGUGCUGAGUGGUGGUGGACGUUUCGCUGUUGGGGACCGUGUGCGGUACAACUGUGUCCCUGGUUAUGUCUUGGACGGCCACGCCACGCUCUCCUGCAUCACCAACGCCGGGAACACGGCCGUCUGGGACUUUCCUGCUCCGAUAUGUCGAGCUGAGGACACAUGUGGGGGCACUGUGAGGGGCGGCAGUGGGGUGGUGACCAGUCCCGGUUACCCCGGCAACUAUGGUAACCAGGCCGACUGUACUUGGAUCCUAUUGGCCGAACCUGGAGACACCAUCUCUGUCAUCUUUACAGACUUCCAGACAGAGGAGAAGUACGACUACCUGGAAGUGGAGGGAUCCGAACCACCAACCAUUUGGUUGUCGGGCAGUAAUGUCCCAUCACCCAUUGUGAGCAACAAGAACUGGCUGCGGCUGCAUUUUGUGACCGACGACAACCACCGUUACCGUGGUUUCAGCGGACAUUAUCAAGUGAAGCGAUCAGUAGAUUUUAAAUCGCGGGGCGUUAAAUUAUUCCCUGGCAAAGACUCCGGCAACAAGUUUUCAAUAUUAAAUGAAGGUGGUGUGAGACAGGCGUCCAACUCCUGCCCUGACCCCGGAGAACCGGAGAACGGGAAACGCCACGGCAGCGACUUCAGCAUUACCAGUGAGGUGCACUUCACCUGCGGAGAAGACUACGUUCUCCAGGGCAGUAAAACUAUCAGCUGUCAGAGAGUGGCUGAAGUCUUCGCAGCCUGGAGUGACCACAGACCCGUCUGUAAAGUGAAGACGUGCGGCAGCAAUCUUCAAGGUCCUUCAGGAACAUUUACAUCUCCAAACUUCCCGAUUCAAUACGAGAGCAACGCGCAGUGUGUGUGGAUAAUUACCGCCUCCAAUCCCAACAAGGUGAUCCAGAUCAAUUUUGAAGAGUUUGACAUGGAGAUAGCCUACGAUACUCUGACUAUAGGAGACGGAGGAGAGGUGGGAGAUCCUACAGCUAUACUGCAAGUCCUCUCGGGCAGCUUUGUCCCCGACUUGAUCGUCAGCCUGACCCACCAGAUGUGGCUCCACCUACAGUCAGAUGAGAGCGUUGGAUCGAUAGGAUUUAAGAUCAACUAUAAAGAAAUAGACAAAGAGAGCUGCGGCGACCCCGGGACUCCUCUGUAUGGAAUAAGGGAAGGCGACAGCUUCUCAAAUGGCGGAAUCCUGAGAUUUGAGUGCCAGUUUGGCUUCGAGCUGAUCGGAGAGAGAACCAUCUCCUGCCAAGACAACAAUCAGUGGUCGGCAAACAUCCCCAUAUGCAUAUUCCCCUGCAUGUCCAACUUCACAGCCCCCGCAGGUACCGUCCUCUCCCCAGAUUACCCAGAAGGCUACGGGAACAACAUGAACUGCAUCUGGCUCAUCCAAUCAGAACCGGGUUCCAGAAUCCACUUGGCUUUUAAUGACUUUGACCUGGAGGCCCCCUACGAUUCCCUGACGCUGAAAGACGGCGAGACAAACGAUGCCGUCGUCAUCGGGAGGUUCUCCGGAGCCGAGAGUCCUUCCCAUCUGACGUCCAACACCAACACGCUGAGGCUGGAGUUCCAGGCUGAUCACUCCAUGUCAGGAAGAGGAUUUAAUAUCACUUACAGCACGUUUGGCCAUAACGAGUGCCCGGACCCUGGCAUCCCUAUCAACGCUCGUCGCUUCGGAGACAGCUUCCAGCUGGGCAGCUCCAUCUCCGUGGUCUGCGAGGACGGUUUUAUCAAAACCCAGGGAACCGAGACCAUCACCUGUCAGCUGGAAAAAGGGAAAGUCAUGUGGAGCGGGCCCAUCCCGAAAUGUGAAGCACCAUGUGGAGGCCACUUCUCAGCCCCGACUGGAGUGAUUUUGUCUCCUGGGUGGCCUGGUUACUACAAAGACUCCCUCAGCUGUGAGUGGGUGAUUGAAUCAGAGCCUGGACGCUCCAUCAAAAUCUCAUUUGACAGGUUCCAGACAGAGCUGGGCUAUGACUUCCUGGAGAUCCACGACGGGCCCAACCUCCUGUCCCCGCUGGUCGGCUCCUUCAAUGGAACCCAGGUGCCCCAGUUCCUGUUCAGCAGCAGCAACUUUCUGUAUCUGCUGUUUACCACCGAUAACAGCCGGUCAAACGCUGGGUUCAAGAUAAUAUAUGAAAGCGUGACGGUGGACAGCUACUCAUGUCUGGACCCUGGUAUUCCUGUCAAUGGUAUUCGCUACGGACAGGAUUUCUCCAUCGGCUCCACGGUGUCAUUUGGCUGUGAUUCAGGCUACAGACUCAGCCACGAAGAGCCGCUGGUGUGUGAGAAGAACCACUGGUGGAGCCACGCUCUGCCCACGUGCGAUGCGCUGUGUGGCGGAGAUGUGAGGGGUCCCUGGGGUACCAUCCUUAGUCCCGGCUAUCCAGACAGCUACCCUUCAUCUCUCAACUGUACCUGGACUGUUGAAGUCAGCCACGGGAAAGGAGUCCAGUUUCAGUUCAACUCUUUUCAUCUGGAGGACCAACAUGAUUACCUCUUGGUUACCGAGAACGGGAGUUUCCUGCAACCGCUGGCUCGCCUGACUGGCAACGAGUUGCCUAGCAACAUCAAUGCCGGUCUCUAUGGCAACUUCAAAGCUCAGCUACGAUUCAUCUCUGACUUUUCCAUUUCGUACGAGGGCUUCAACAUAACUUUUUCUGAAUACACUUUGGAGCCGUGCGAGGACCCCGGCAUGCCUCGCUUCGGCCGGAGGAACGGCUACAGUUUCGGCGUCGGCGACACGUUGUCUUUUUCCUGCAAUGUGGGCUAUCGACUAGAGGGGGCGCUGGAGUUAAUCUGUCUGGGCGGUGGGCGGAGAAUGUGGAGCGCUCCUCUGCCAAGAUGUGUCGCGGAGUGCGGCUCCUCCGUUAUAAACAACGAAGGGAUCAUGCUCUCGCCGAACUACCCGAUGAACUACGACAACAACCACGAGUGCAUCUAUAGCAUCCAGGUGCAAGCUGGGAAAGGCAUCAACAUCUCUGCCAGAACCUUUCAUCUCGCCCAAGGGGAUAUACUCAAGAUUUAUGAUGGCAAAGACAACGCAGCCCAUGUUCUUGGAGCGUUCACAGGAACGUCCAUGUUGGGCCUGACGCUGAUUUCCACUUCAAACCAUCUCUGGCUGGAAUUUUACAGUGAUCCAGAGAGUGCGGGGGAAGGAUUCAAACUGGUUUAUUCAAGUUUUGAAUUGUCUCAUUGCGAGGACCCAGGCGUCCCUCAGUUUGGCUUCAAGGUCAACGACCAGGGUCAUUUCUCUGGGAGCAGCAUCACGUACAGAUGUGAGCCCGGAUACACUCUGCACGGAGCUACCACACUGAAGUGUAUGACGGGGGAGAGGAGAGCCUGGGACAACCCCCUGCCUUCCUGUAUCGCGGAGUGCGGAGGUCGUUUUAAGGGCGAGUCUUCCGGUAGGAUUCUUUCACCUGGAUACCCGUUUCCCUACGACAAUAAUCUGCGCUGCACCUGGACCAUUGAGGUGGACUCGGGAAAUAUUGUGAGUCUUCAGUUCUUGGCCUUCGACACAGAGGCCAGCCACGACAUGCUGAAGGUCUGGGACGGGCCGCCCGAAAACGAGAUGUCUCUGUCUGAGAUCAGCGGGUCCCUGCUCCCCGAAGGGAUUCACUCCACACUGAACACGGUCACCGUUCAGUUCGAAACCGAUUUCUACAUCAGCAAGUCGGGAUACGCUAUCCAGUUCUCCAGCUCGGUGGCCACGGCCUGCAGGGACCCAGGCGUACCGAUGAAUGGCAGUCGGAGCGGAGAUGGCCGCGAGCCGGGGGACUCUGUGUCCUUUCAGUGUGACCCGGGAUACGAGCUCCAGGGGGACGACAAAAUCACCUGUAUACAAGUGGAUAACAGAUACUACUGGCAGCCCAGCCCGCCUGUCUGCAUAGCUCCCUGUGGAGGAAACCUAACAGGCUCCAAUGGGUUUAUUCUCUCUCCUAACUACCCACAUCCCUACCCUCACUCCAAGGACUGUGAUUGGCUCAUCGCCGUCAACUCUGACUACGUGUUGUCGCUGGCCUUCAUCAGUUUCAACAUCGAGCCAAACUAUGACUUUGUGUAUAUCUAUGACGGCCCGGAUAGCAACAGUCCUCUGAUUGGUAGCUUCCAGGACAGCAAACUCCCAGAGCGGAUCGAGAGCAGUUCAAAUACCAUGCAUUUAGCAUUCCGCAGUGAUGGGUCUGUGUCUUACGCGGGCUUCCACCUGGAAUACAAAGCCAAACUGAGGGAAUCGUGCUUCGACCCAGGUGUGGUUCUGAAUGGAACCAGGCUGGGAUCGGAUUACAAGCUGGGCUCCACUGUCACCUUCUACUGUGAAGCAGGAUAUGUUCUGCAGGGCUACUCUACUUUGACCUGCAGCAUGGGAGACGAUGGCCGACCUGGAUGGAACAGGGUACUGCCUAGUUGUCAAGCGCCCUGUGGAAGUCGUUCUACGGGAUCAGAUGGGACCGUUUUAUCUCCUAAUUUCCCCAGAAACUACACCUCUGGUCAGACGUGCAUCUACUCUAUAGCUGUGCCCAGAGAGUUCGUGCUCUUUGGUCAGUUUGUGAUGUUCCAGACAUCUUUAAAUGAUGUGGUAGAGAUCUAUGAUGGGCCCACGCAACAGAACACACUGUUAUCUUCCCUUUCUGGUUCCCACUCUGGUGAGUCUCUCCCUCUGAGUUCGGCAAACCAGAUCACCGUAAAGUUUACCACCGUUGGAUCGGAAACUGCGAAAGGAUUCCACUUCGUCUACCAAGCGGUACCAAGGACCAGUUCCAGCCAGUGCAGUUCGGUCCCUGAACCUCGUUUUGGGAAACGUCUCGGCAACGACUUCGCAGUCGGCUCCAUGGUGCAGUUUGAGUGCAACCCUGGUUAUGUCCUGCACGGCUCCACUGCCAUCCGCUGUGAGAGCGUCCCAGACAACCUGGCCCAAUGGAACGACACCCUGCCAACAUGCAUAGUUCCCUGUGGGGGUGCGUUGACCGCUCGACGCGGGACAAUCCUGUCACCUGGCUAUCCGGAGCCGUACGACAACAACCAGAACUGUGUGUGGAAGGUCUCCGUUCCAGAGGGGGCUGGAAUACAGAUACAAGUGGUGAGUUUUGCCACUGAGCACAACUGGGACUCCCUGGAUUUUUACGACGGCGCAGACAACCAUGCACCACGACUGGGCAGCUACUCCGGCACCACCAUCCCCCCUCUCCUGAACAGUACAUCCAACAACCUCCAUCUCAGCUUCAGCUCGGACAUUAGUGUCUCAGCUGCUGGGUUUCACCUGGAAUACACAGCUAUUGGGUUAGAGUCGUGCCCGGAGCCUCAGACUCCGAACUACGGAAUUAGACAAGGAGACAGAUUCAUGGUCGGAGAUGUUGUGCAGUUUUCAUGUGAACAAGGGUACUCUCUUCAGGGCAAUGCACAUAUCACCUGCAUGCCUGGUCCCGUUAGAAGAUGGAACUACCCUGUACCACUGUGUCUCGCCCAGUGCGGUGGGUCUAUGACAGAUGUAAGUGGAGUGAUUCUAAGUCCCGGUUACCCAGGCAACUACCCCAGUGGAUUAGACUGCACAUGGACAGUCAACUUACCUGUCGGCUUCGGCAUCCAUCUCCAGUUCCUGAACUUCUCCACCGAAGCGAUCCACGAUUACUUAGAGAUCCGCAGUGGAACGCUGGAGACCGGCUCGGUCAUCGACCGGUUCAGCGGCCCCGUCAUCCCCAAAGCUCUGUUCAGCACCACCCACCAGACCAGCUUCUUCUUCCACAGCGACUACUCACAGAACAAACCUGGCUUCCACAUCACAUAUCAAGCCUAUCAGCUCCAGAGCUGCCCGGACCCUCGGCCUUUUCGAAACGGCAUCGUGAUCGGCACGGACUUCAGCGUGGGGAUGACGGUGUCGUUUGAAUGUCUGCCCGGUUACUCUCUGAUCGGAGAUGCUUCGCUCACGUGUUUACACGGGAUCAGCCGGAACUGGAACCACCCGCUGCCACGAUGUGAAGCUCUCUGUGGUGGGAACAUCACGUCAUUAAAUGGAACCAUUUACUCUCCCGGUCACCCGGAGGAAUACCCCAACUUCCAGGACUGCGUGUGGAGCGUGAGGGUUCCGCCCGGCCACGGGAUUUACAUCAACUUCACCGUGCUGAGCACCGAGCCGAUAUACGACUACAUCACCGUGUGGGACGGUCCAGACCAAUCCUCUCCUCAGAUCGGCCAGUUCAGUGGGAACACAGCUUUGGAGUCGGUCUACUCCACCUCCAACAUCAUCCUCAUCAAGUUCCACUCGGACUUCUCUGGAGCUGGCUUCUUUGUCUUAAGCUACCACGCCUACCAAUUAAGGGUUUGUCAGCCUCCUCCAGAAGUGGCCAGCGCUGACGUACUGAUGGAGGACGGGGAGCUGGAGAUAGGUGACAUCAUCAGGUACAGAUGCCAACCUGGCUUCUCAUUGGUCGGCAGCGAGAUUCUCACCUGUCGCCUUGGAGAGAGACUGCAGAUGGAUGCACCUCCUCCAACAUGCCAAGUCCAAUGCCCGGCACACGACGUGAGGUACGACUCAUCAGGCGUCAUCCUGAGCCCCGGUUGGCCAGAAAGUUACCCCAAUCUCCAGAUGUGUUCGUGGAGCAUCACAGUAGAGAAAGGAUACAACGUCACCAUCACCUUCGAGAGCUUCCACACGGAGAGAGAGUUUGAUGUGCUGGAGAUAUUUGAUGGUUCCACAACCAACAGUCCCACUCUGGCCACGCUGAGCGGCGACCUGCCCACACCCUUCAACCUCACCACCUCCGGCCACCAGUUCCUGGUCCGCUGGUCCUCAGACCACGGCACGAACAAGAAAGGCUUCAAAAUUCGCUAUGUUGGUGAGUACCAAACCCUGUACUGCUCCACGCCAGACUCUCCCCUUCACGGCUCCAUCUCCUCUCAGAGCGGCGGCCACAUCAAUAGCGUGGUGCGGUGGGCCUGUGACCGUGGAUACCGUCUCAUUGGCAACGCCACGGCAACCUGCCGACGCUCAUCCCUCGGUUACCACGCGUGGGACUCUCCUGUACCUGCGUGUCAAGCUGUUUCGUGCGGGGCGCCCAAGUCUCCGACAAACGGCGGCACUUUAACGGCCGACUACUCCGUCGGAACGAGAGUCUCCUAUUUCUGUAACGACGGGUACAGACUCUCCAGCAAAGAGCUGACGUCGGCCAUCUGUCAGCCCGACGGAACAUGGAGCAACCACAAUAAGAUACCGCGGUGUUCUGUGGUCGUAUGCCCCAGCAUCGGGUCGUUCUCUCUGGAGCACGGCCGCUGGAGGAUCGUCAACGGCUCGCACUAUGAAUACAGAACUCGAAUCGUGUUCACCUGCGACCCGGGGUACUACCGAUUAGGCCCCGCCCACAUCCAGUGCUUGCCCACUGGCGUGUGGAGCUGGAGGAACGAGAGGCCACACUGCCAGGUUAUCUCCUGCGGCGAGCUGCCACCCCCCCCCAGCGGGAAGAAGAUCGGCACUCAGACCACAUUCGGCGCCACGGCCAUCUUUACCUGCGACGCUGGUUUCAUGCUGGUUGGCUCGGCUGUCAGAGAGUGCCUGUCCUCUGGGCUCUGGAGUGGAACGGAAACGAGAUGUUUAGCUGGCCACUGUGGAAUCCCAGAAGGCAUCGUGAACGGUCAGGUGAUCGGGGAGAACUUUGGUUACCGUGACACGGUCGUGUACCAGUGUCUCCCCGGCUUUCGACUAAUAGGCUCAUCGGUUCGAAUCUGUCUCCAAGACAACCAGUGGUCUGGCCAUCUGCCCGUCUGCAUAUCGAUCAGCUGUGGCCAUCCAGGAAGUCCCAUAUACGGUCGCACGGUGGGAAACGGCUUCAACCUCAACGACGGGGUCAGCUUCAUCUGUAACCGGGGUUAUGAAAUGGAGGGGCCUGCACGCGCUCAGUGCCAGGCUAACCGCCAGUGGAGCCACCCGCCCCCAACGUGUAAAGGUGGGGAGAAAAUGGUCAACUGCUCUGAUCCAGGCAUCCCGGCCAACUCCAUUCGACAGAGUAAAAUAGAGCACGGCAACUUCACCUUCGGCACUGUGGUGUUCUACGACUGUAACCCGGGGUAUUACCUGUUCGGGUCGCCCGUGUUGAGCUGUCAACCUACGGGACAGUGGGACAAACCCCUCCCUGAAUGUAUCGUCGUAGAUUGUGGCCAUCCCGGCUCUCCACCCAACGGCGUGCUGAACGGAGAGAAGUUUACAUUCGGUUCAACGGUUCGAUACUCCUGUCUGGGCGGGAGACAGCUGAAAGGAGAAUCAUCCAGGACGUGUCAGCUCAGUGGGAUGUGGAGUGCCCCCAUGCCCUUCUGCUCUGGCGACACAGCUGGUUCCUGUGGCGAUCCUGGCAUCCCCUCCCAGGGUUCACGGGAACAGACGGAUUUCAGGAUCCGUUCCAAGGUCUACUUCAGCUGCUCGGAGGGCUACGAUCUGAUUGGCUCUUCGGAGAGGAUGUGCUUCCCCAACGGGACCUGGUCUGGCACGCAGCCCUUCUGUAAACCUGUCCAGUGUGGUAACCCUGGCACUCCCAGUAAUGGCCGAGUGUUUCGCUUGGACGGAACAACGUUUUCUCACUCCGUCAUCUACUCGUGCAUGGACGGCUACCUGCUCAAUGGCGCCACCACCAGGCAGUGUCAGGCCAACGGGACCUGGUCGGGAAUACAACCCAACUGCACCAUGAUAAACUGUGGGGAUCCCGGUGUGCCAGCGAACGGCCUUCGAUACGGAGAGGACUUCACAAUUGCUCAGAAUAUUUCCUUCCAGUGCCAACCAGGAUACAGGAUGGAGGAGGACGGAUCAGCAUUGAGGACGUGCACCCAAAAUAGCACGUGGAGUGGGAACAUGCCGAUAUGUACAGCGGUGACCUGCCUGGCUCCCCCUGCCAUCAGUAACGGGGUACUGCAGGGCAGUGACUUUGAAUGGGGCAGCAGUGUGAGCUACAGUUGCUCGCCUGGAUAUGAGCUCUCGUUCCCAGCUGUCCUGACCUGCGUGGCCAACGGCACCUGGAGCGGCAUGCUGCCACAGUGCUUACCCAAGUUUUGUGGUGACCCAGGAACUCCAGUCGGUGGUUUCAGAGAGGGUCGGAGUUUCAUCUAUCAAUCAGAAGUGUCCUUCACCUGCGCUCCACCCCUCAUUCUGGUCGGCACGGCAACCAGACUUUGUGAAAGUGACGGCGCCUGGAGCGGGACGCAGCCGCGCUGUAUCGAACCGACCAAAACCAGCUGUGAUAACCCAGGGACACCGCGCUACGGCUCCUUAAACCGGACCUUUGGUUUCAAGGUGGGCAGUGUGGUGUCCUUCCAGUGCCAGCCAGGUCAUUUGAUUCAGGGCUCCUCCUCCAGAACCUGCCAGCCUGACCUGAUAUGGAGCGGGACACAACCCGACUGCAUACCCCACGCGUGUAAGCAGCCAGAGAGCCUGCUCCAUGUGGACGUGGUGGGAAUGGAUCUGCCUGGUUUUGGCUACACCUUGGUGUACAGCUGUCAGCAUGGCUUCUUCCUGGCGGGGGGCUCCGAGCACAGAGUCUGCAAGAACGACGGCACUUGGACUGGGAAGAUGCCUUUAUGUCGAGCUGGAGAGAAGAAGAAACCUGUGAAACCAGCGACGGGGACUCCCAGCCCCAAACUAAACGUUCCCGAUGACGUCUUCGCUCCUAACUACAUAUGGAAAGGUUCCUACAAUUACCGUGGGAGGAAGCAGCCCAUGACACUGAGCAUCACCAGCUUCAACUCCACAACCGGGAGAGUCAACGUCACCCUUAGCAACGGCAACAUGGAACUGCUCCUCUCAGGAGUGUAUAAAGCUUCUGAGGCCAGGCUGUUACUGCUGAUGUACCAGGUGAACUAUGCGAACCAGGGAAACCAGCAGAAGGACUCAGCCAUCACUCCAGCCAAGAUCAUUGAUGACUCCUGGACCAUGGAUGGAUUUGUCUCAGCAGAGCCUGAUGGUUCCAGUUAUGUAUUCCAGGGUUUCAUUCAGGGAAAAGACUACGGACAGUUUGGACUGCAAAGACUAGGUCUGAAUAUGUCGGAGAGUCAGAACUCGCCUCCCCCCCAGCUUGGUACCAAUAGCAGUUCGGUGGCUAUCGCUAUCCUGGUGCCUUUCUUCGCUCUGAUCUUCACUGGCUUCGGCUUCUAUCUCUACAAACAAAGAACCACACCAAAAACACAGUACACCGGCUGCUCAGUCCACGAAAACAACAACGGCCAGGCUGCCUUCGAGAACCCCAUGUACAACACCAACGCCAAGGCCGUGGAGGGCAAGGCCGUCCGAUUUGAUCCGAAUCUAAACACCGUCUGCACCAUGGUCUGAGGAUUGACUAUCCUCAUUUGAACUGAAUGACUCAGAUAUCUAAUGGGACCACAAUCGGUACGAGGCUGCGGAGAGGGGGGAAAAAGCCCAGCGCUUCUUCUCACAACACGGUCUACACAACGAUUCCAAAAAGACCUUCAGUCCCAGUUUAGGCACCUUACCGCCCCGAGCCGAGGGGGAAACUGUCCACCUGAAACCAAAACUCAGCGCCGGUUCCUUGCCAUUCCUCAACAAAAGAGAUUUGAGUCUACAGAUGAAAUGUCCGCUGCCUUUGACAGAUGCAACACAGCCAGUGUAAACUCACAGUGAGAUGUGAUGUCAAACCCACCGGAGGAUUAUACCACCGUAACCCCAGGACUCUGCAGGUCAUGGAUAGUUUAUAACUCGAUUCGGCACAGUCUUUAUAGUUUGAGCUCUUGUUCACAGGAAGUAAUGAAGAAGCCACGACCAACCAGUCGAACAUCACGACAUGUUUCCAGAGCCCAGUGCCGUUUUUUUUUUGUAUCUGACACUGGGCUGCGGAGACGGGCGCUCACUCUCAGCUCUGUGACCGUUACUCCUUUGUCUGGAGAAAGAGCGAGCGCAUUCUCAGUGCUCCGGCCGUGGUUGUACAUCACAGAGACCAACUGCACCACAGAAGAUGGCUUGAUUUCAUUUAUAACAUGUUGCCCCCCCUCCCCCCCUCCCCAACUGUGCUGAACAACAUGAUGUGAAAUGGACGUCACAGAAGACACUGUGAAGCGAAGGAAACUGUUGGUUCCCUGACAGUAACACACACUGUCACCGGCAGAGCACCAGUAAACCAGACUGACUCGUCAUGAACAGGAGCCCAUUUGCAUCACAGCACCCGAACAGCCAGACAGGACGACCUCCCGUCUCCAUGACAACCAGAGGCUGGCAUCACCAGUCCCUUGUCUUUUUCUAUUACCAUGGAGGCUAAGCUGGCUAAUGCUAGCAGACAGUAGCAAAAACUUGCUUUGAAAAGAGACCAACUCCGAAGCAGAGGACGAGGGCAGCCCUGGAGACGGAGCUGUAAUCCUGACUGAACUGGGAUUAGAGCGAAGCAAAACAAAAAGAGUCUAAAGGGGGAACUAGUGCUGAUAUAACAAAUGAGAAGAGACUCACUCAUCUCAUGGAUAAACUCCUCAUUUUCUUCUAUUGGAUAAGAGAGGAGGAGGAGAAGAUGGAGACAAGCCCCCUAACUGGAAAAAAAAUCGAGUGAGGGAGUCAUCAAGGGAGAAGAUGAGAUCUCAUAAUCCCAACGCGGCCAAUCAGAGCCUGUCUAACCUGAAAUCAGUUACCGAGAGAGGUCGUCCCUUUGCAUAUUGAAUCAGAUCAGACAGAAUAUGGCCUUUGAGGAAAGAUUUUCCUGAUCCCGCGACUUGAAAUGGAUCCUGACGAGAAAAAGACGCUGAGCGGAUACAGAGGACUCUGAUGGACUAACAAAGAAAAAGACUUUGACAAACAGAGGAAGCUCUGGCACUAAAGCACAUUUUACAGAAACACUACCUGUCUACUUGCCGAGAGAUGGAUUAACACAGGGACAGGUGGGAAGGUUAGAGAGAGACUGAGUGGCAGAGAGAAAAGAUGACAGGAACGCACGUUAAUAAAAAAAAAAAAACUGAGAGCAGACAGGUGGUAUUACGACCAACAGGAAAUCGACAGGUUCAACAAAAGACAAACAGGGUCUCAAUUAAAACUCUGCAGACUCCGUCGUCCAGUGUCUCCACAGGUUUAACUGUAGAUUUACAGGCCAACAGACACAGGCUGACAGACGGGAGACACUGACAGACAUGCGUUGACAGGCAGGCGUAGAGAAAGACAAACAGGGUUUGGGCCCUUUUAUUGUGGACGCAGCUCCACUGUUAUUCUGCACUCCGCGAGUGCUUAUCUUCUUUCUUUGUUAUUGCUGCAGAAUCUUCUGAUCUGUAAAUCUAUUGCAUAUAUAUUCGGGAGCAUUCACCACCUAUAUUUUUGUGCUAUAUAUUUACCACAGGGGAGGGGCUGAAGGGGAAAGACAGAUUAUAGCGGUUUUUAGAAAAAAAAAAAGAACGAAAAAUGAAAGAAAGAAAUCUCAAGAUAAAAGAUAUGACGAAUAUGUGCCGUCCGCAGAAGUCACAAACAGCGUUUUUGUUUCCUUUGUAACGCGGAGUUGGUUUAUUUUUUAAUUUCUUGUGUAACGUGCAGUUCCUCACAUGGUCACUGUCUUUCCCACUGAGGCAAUCACGAGUGUCAGUGGUGCUGUUGUUGUCAUUAUUGUUGAGAUGCAAGAUUUUGCCAGCAAACAAUCACGCUGUUAAAAGUUAAUGUCUCAUGCCGCAUUUUCCACAGGUGGCGAGGAUUUCUCAAGCGUUCACAGAUGGGGUUUGCGCUGCGGUUGCCAUUUGUCUGCCUCUUCACAUUGAGCUGCGGAUACACAACAGUGUGAUUGUCGCCAUUGUGUCACAGCUGUAUUCUGACCUAAUACAUUAACACUGUUAUGUAAUGACUAAAUGAGGCCACAGAAAUUUGCAGAGAUGUCAACAACCCUCAGUCUUGUACGGUAAACACAGAAACUCCACUUGUUUGAUUCUACAUGACCGAACUCUCAUUUAGCUGCAACUCUGGUUGAUGUUGGUGUUUCCACUGACUCUCACGAGGCCAUUGCAAAAGUAUGAAUCCUCCUCAUAUUAAAGGUUCAGUGUGUAGAAUCUAGUGACAUCUGGGGGUGAAGUUGCAUGUUGCAGCUGAACACCCCUCACCUCACCCUCCCCUUCCAAACAUGAAGGAGAACAUGUG